AUGCAGUCUACGAGCGAGCCUAGUCUUCACGAGGUAGGAGAAGUGGGUGAGACUGCGAGAUCCGGGGAAUCAAGCAGUUUCUUCUUCCACGGGGAGAUGCAAGACUCGGUGGCUGAAUCAAACGACACUGUAGCCUGGGGUCAAGAGUGCGGAGAGACGGAUGUGAGUGAACAGCAGCGACUUGGUGGGCCCGGCAAUGGCGGUGACCAGGACGCUGCAAACUCAUUGGGCAGUGCUGCUAUCAAAAUGGAGCCUGAGCACUGGACAAACGAUCUCGAGCGCAUGGAUGUGGAUGACGGGGGGAUUCCCUCGUCGACUCUUCCGCAUGUGAGUGAACCUAGGAAAGAGCCGCUUCAGGGUCCUACAGAGAAGAUGCAACUCGGUUUCGAAGGACAGGAAUGUGCCAAGUAUCCUGGUUUCAUCGAAGACAAGCAUGGACAAGGCCAUCUGGCUUUGGCCCCCAUGAAAGCAACCGACUCUCAGCGCCAUGAGGAGACUAUCAAUACAGGCGUCAAGGGUCAGGUGACAACAGAUAUGGGUGGGCUGCAGAAUUACCAAGCCCACAGCUUGGUUAACUCUACUCCACUCCACCACUCCACUCCAGGCAUCCCUACACCAUUUGGGUCCAUCAGCACUCCUGCUUCAUAUAACUCACGUGUCCAAAGCUACCCACACCAGCAGUUUUUUACCCAGCCCAACCAAGUCUCUUUCGACCCUAGCCUUACUCGCCAGCAGCAGCUUCAAGUACUAAUCGAUAACAAGGAACGCCAGAUUGAGAACGUACAAAGAAUGUAUGAGCAAGGGAACAACGUCUUCAAACUCUCUCAGAGUCAAGCAGAUGUCCCAACUUCAAUCUUAAUGGGCCCAUUGAGCUACCAGCGAGCUCCUCAAAGCGCGUAUCGAACUUUACCGUGUGGAAACGGCGGCAAAAACUAUCAGUCCCAGAGCCAGUCUGAGUUUCCAUACGAUCAAACGGCAUCGAAACAGCCUUCUGCCUUGUACUCUCCGCAGAGUCCUGAUGCACUCAACCAGACGAGCAAGCCGAACCAGCAGCCACCAAAUAUGCACACUACACAAGAAGCGCCCGCAGAAGACACAAAAGAAGAAAUCUCAUCCAACGACGACGAUGAAGACGACGAGCCCCUCAAAAUCCGCCUAGCACGCCACCCAUCCAAGGCCCCAUCUCCCCAAUCCCCCAACCCCUCGCCCAUAAACUGGAAGCUCCCAGACUACGACAUCCACUUCUCCCCCUCCCCUCCUCCCGCAUCCUCCACCUCCAAACCCAAACCCGCCAAAGACACCUCCUCCCUUCCCGUGGCAAAAAUCUCCCUCCCAGGUCUAAUCCGCGAGCCCCUGGUCCUCUCCCCCGACCACACCUCCCAAGAACUCCACCUGCUCACGCACAUCUUCCUACCGGGCCAGCAGGCACUGGCGACACCCGAUCCCGAACCCGCACUUGCGGUGCUGAAUUUCCACAGCAUAGCCAUGAUGGUAGUUGAAGCGUUUGUGCAGUACGAGAUUGGGGACGAGAUGGGGCGGUCUGGUCCGUUGUAUCGCCGAGACGAGUCGGAUUCUGAACAAGGUGAGGGUGGUGGUGGAGGGAAGGGCAAAGGCAAAGGUAAAGCAAAGAAGAAGGAAGAAGAAGACUACGUUCGCAUCCGCUGCGCUCGCACCGCAAACGUCGACGACAUCUUCUUCGCCGUCAUCGAUCGGUGGCGCGCGGGGCUGGAGAGCAACAAGCGGGCUUUCAAGUUGAUACGUGGGAUACAGGAGUUUGUCGAUGUGGCGUUGGAUGUUAUUUUUUGGAUCAAGCAGAAUGGGUUGUUGGCGGAGGAGGAGGAGGCUGGGCGGAAAGAAGGAGCGAAGCGCGGUGCGAAGAGUAAGGCAGGUGCAAAGGGAAAGGCAGAGGAGGAGGUUGUGAAGAAGGUAGAGGGCGUCUCGAUGCUGACGGCGAGGAAGAAGGCGGCGCCCAAGGCUAGGGUUGAGAAGCCCAAAAAGAAGGAAACGCCGGCGAAGAAGAGGAGGGUUCCGGUUACGCCUGGUGUUACGGUUGUGAGGAAGAAGUGA